AUGCCCAUGCACAUGUUCUUCGCAGUCGCCACAACAGCGGGCAUGGUGGAGACGCGCCCCUGGGCCUUGGCAAAGAGAUAUGCGAAGACCUGGCUCGUUUUGGACAUCUUCAUCGCGUUCGUGGAUACCUUUGUCCUCACCUUGCACUUCAUCAUGGAAGCUGAUCCGAAUCCGUUGAUGCGCUCCACUAGGUUCUUCCGGCUCUUGAGAUUCGUUCGCCUCGUCCGGCUCUUGCGUAUCGUGAAGUUGGAAAAGCAAGCGAAGUUCAUCCUCGGCAAGUUGCUGUCCACCAACUCCUUGCUCUGGGUCAAGGUCUCUGGCUACUUCGCCGUGAUGAUGGCGAUAAACCACGUUAUCGCAUGCUGUUGGUAUGGUGUAGGCUACUACACCAGCGAUCAAGGCAAUUGGAUGCAAAGAUCCAACAUUGAUUCUGAGUCUUUCCCAGAAUCUUAUGUAGCAUCGCUGCACUGGUCGAUGACACAGUUCACCUCAGCAACGAACCCUAUCGCGCCAAACAACGGAUGGGAGAGGCUCUUUGCCAUCAUCGUCAUCCUGAUGGCCGUGGCGUCCUUCUCGUCCUUUGUUGGCUCCAUCGGCUCAACGAUCAGCUCCAUGCGAGCAGCACGGCGAGGAAAGAUCCUCGAGCGAUCGAAAUUGGAGCUGUUCUUCACGGAGAGACAGCUCCCGCUAUCCCUCUUCAGCAAGGUCAAGGCUGCUGUCCGUGACGACGACGGCGAGAUGAUGCGCUUGCGUGAGGAAGAGGUGGCACUGAUCCAAGGAAUCCCAGAACGCUUCAGAGAGGAGAUACACAAGGAGAUUUUCAUGAACUCUCUUCUGCUCACGAACAUCUGGCCUCGGUGGACGUAUUCUGAGGCACCCGAUUUUCUCAGCAGCGUGUGCCAUCGCGUGAUGCAGGAGCAUUGGGAUCGAUGUGGACAAGACACUUUCCUACCCCGGACGAAAUGCCAAAUGGUGUAUCUGCUUCAGUCCGGGGAUGCCGAGUACGUGGACGAAGACAGGAAGAUAAAGUUCAUUUCCGUCCGUGGUGGCGACCCCGAUCUGGAAGUUCUCUCUUUGCCGAAUCUGUGGGCAGAGUGGGUGCACACUGGGCGCUUGACUGUCACCUCCGGCAUGUGCCACUAUGCUGGCAUUGACUGCAAGCAGUUCUGCACUUUGGCAACGCACUUCGGGGGCCGUCUCUGCGAGUACCUAAAGGUUCUUGGCAUACUUCUGAUCGGCGAGAUCGAAGCCCUGGAGGCACGGAACAUCCGCGUGACGGACCUGUGUGUGCCCAGGAAGGUGGCUAUUGAGGAGCUUGCUCGGCGGGCCGAGCAGUAUGCGAACCUUAAGGCCAAAGCCAACCACCAUGCGGCAUUGAGGAACUCGACUGCUGUGCGCUUGUCGAAAUUCUGGCAAAAAUGA